AGGCAGUCAGCUGGAAGUCUUUUGUUAUCCCGCUCACCACAGCCAGCCGAAAGUCAUGCAGCCCAACAUGAAGUCCGUCACAUAACGGGGAGCUUUCAGGCUUUUUUUUUUCAAGUCACAUCAGCUGAAAAGGUAAAGAGGCGCAGCUCCCUUCACCUGAACCACAAAAGACGGGGGGAGGGCACUCUGGACUAGCAGGGCCUCAAGAUGUCCGAGGGUCCGAGGAGGCGGAGCGGCAGCAGCGGGGCCAGUCAGCCGGAGCCCGCAGACUCCCAGUCGGGUGUAGGGGAAGAUGCAGGAGGAAGCUCAGAUGUGGCUCUAAAAAAACAAAUCGGACUUGUCAGCGCCUGUGGUAUUAUAAUUGGUAACAUCAUUGGAUCCGGGAUUUUUGUGAGUCCUAAGGGCGUGCUGGAGAAUGCUAGCUCAGUGGGUGUAGCCAUGAUUGUGUGGGUCACCACGGGAGCGAUCACAGCCAUUGGUGCUCUCUGCUAUGCAGAGUUGGGCGUGACCAUCCCCAAGUCGGGGGGAGACUACUCCUAUGUCAAGGACAUCUUUGGAGGACUGGCUGGUUUCCUUCGUCUGUGGAUUGCGGUGUUGGUCAUGUACCCCACAAACCAGGCUGUGAUCGCUCUCACCUUUGCAAACUACGUCCUGCAGCCCCUCUUUCCCUCCUGCCUCCCACCAGAGACUGGCCUCCGCCUGCUGGCUGCUGUCUGCCUGUUGCUGUUGACCUGGGUGAACUGCCACAGUGUGCGCUGGGCCACGUGUGUCCAAGAUGUCUUCACUGCUGGCAAGCUUUUGGCCUUGGGCCUCAUCAUAAUCAUAGGUGUCGUCCAGAUAUGCAAAGGUCAUUAUUACUGGUUAGAGCCAGCGCAUGCCUUCGAGACCUUCCGUGACUAUGAUGUUGGUCUCAUAGCUCUGUCCUUCCUACAAGGCUCCUUUGCUUAUGGAGGCUGGAAUUUCCUAAACUACGUCACAGAAGAGUUGGUCGACCCUUACAGGAAUCUGCCACGUGCAAUCUUCAUCUCCAUCCCCGUGGUCACCUUCGUUUACGUGUCUGCCAACGUGGCCUACGUCACAGCCAUGAGCCCCCAAGAGCUGCUGGCUUCCAAUGCUGUGGCAGUGACAUUUGGAGAGAAAUUGCUAGGAGUAAUGUCAUGGAUCAUGCCCAUCUCUGUGGCGCUCUCCACCUUCGGGGGGGUCAAUGGCUCCCUCUUCACAUCGUCGCGGCUGUUUUUUGCCGGAGCGAGGGAAGGUCAUCUUCCACGUCUGCUGGCCAUGAUCCACGUCUCACGCUGCACUCCCAUCCCAGCCUUGCUGUUCACUUUGAUCUCCACGCUAAUGAUGUUGUGCACCAGUGACAUUUACACUCUUAUAAACUACGUGGGUUUCAUCAACUACCUCUUCUAUGGUGUGACUGUUGCCGGGCAGAUUGUCCUGCGCUUCAAACAGCCUGACAUGUAUCGACCCAUCAAGGUGAGCCUGGUAUGGCCAGUGAUCUACCUGCUGUUCUGGGCCUUCCUGCUGGUCUUUUCCCUCUACUCUGAGCCCAUCGUCUGUGGCAUUGGUCUGGCCAUCAUGAUGACUGGUGUCCCCAUAUAUUUCCUGGGAGUCUACUGGGAAAACAAGCCACAGUGUUUUGAUAAUUCUAUGGGUAAAAUGACUCAUCUGUGCCAAAAGCUCUGUUUGGUGGUCUACCCAGCCAUGGAGGAGAGCCCAGAGCCCAACGGACUUCAAAAUAAAGAUAAAGGAGACGGAACAACCUCACAAACAACUGAUUGAACAUGUGCACGCACAAAAACACAGACAAUGUCUCGCACUCAGAUGUCGUUUGGGGAGGAAAAAAGUCUAGUUUAGACUCCCAGAAAGAUGAAGAUACACUGAAAUUGUUCCAUUAUUAACACUUGAGGAAUAUAUUCUACACUGCACUGGACUUGCUCUGCUUUUUACUGGCCUUAAUCUUGAACACUAGUUUCACUGUAUGAUUGGGCAACACGUCUUUGAGAUAAAAUAUCACUCGUUCUGAACAGAAAUUAUGACUCAGUCAUUUUUUCUGUCUUCACAUUAGAAUUUUAAAUUUGUUUGUCUUGUACAGUGUGUUUUGGGGUUUGUGAGUCUGGAAAGUAUUUUAAUUUUCAUGUUAUAUGUGUUGUUCAAGCUCUAUGUAUUGUUUGUACUGUCACCUCACUUAAAUGAAAAUUUACAGAUGGCUUAAUGAUUCAUUUAAUUCA